AUGAGAAACAAGUUUCUCUCCACGCCUCUUUCAUCUUUCUUAAAGUUUGGACGAACCUUAACUUCAAUUCCUCAACGUUUAUCUCCUCACCUUAAACUUCGAUCCUCAUCACCACCAUCCUUUGCACCACCAUUUUGCAGAAAAAGUUUAUGUUCAAAACCUGCAGAGAAAUUCCAAAUUACGUGCUGGAAUUGUCACGAUGUUCCUCAGUCAGUACCUUUCCUGUUCUGCCAAUCAUGUCGUUGCGUUCAGCCGGUUGAUCAUUCGAUUGACUAUUUCGAAAUUUUUGGGACGGAGAAGACGUAUGAUGUAGAGGGUAUUGAUUUGGAGGGGAAGUACAAGGAGUGGCAAAAGAAGCUACAUCCUGAUUUAGUGCAUUCUAAAUCUCAGAAAGAAAAAGAUUUUGCUGCUGAACAAUCUGCAAGAGUGAUUGAUGCAUACCAUACACUUAGCAAGCCUUUGUCAAGAGCGAUUUACAUGCUGAAGCUCGAUGGAGCGGAAAUUGAUGAGGAGCAGACAAUUUACGAUGCAGAAUUACUAGCAGAGAUUAUGGAAAUUAGGGAAGAAGUUGAAGAAGCAACUAACUCCGAGGCUUUGAAUCACAUUCGCUCCCAGAUGCAGGAGAAACUGCAAAAUUGGUCUAAUGCCUUUGCUGAUGCUUUUGAAAGACGGGACUUUGAAGAAGCGAAGAAUGUAAUUAAGAGAAUGACUUACUAUAGUCGUGUAAUUGAGGAAGUUGUAAAGAAGCUUUGA